AAUUAUGCAGGAGCGGGGCGUCCCGGCCAGGCAGGGGCUGGGCGGCGAUUGGCUGGAGGGGCUGUAAUUCAGCGGUUUCCGGAGCUGUGGUGGCGUAGACCGGGAGGGGGAGCCUGGGGUUCCGACGUCGCGGCAAAGGCAGCGAGCCCGAACCGGAUCCGCGACGAGCACCCCGGCUUGGCGCUCUCUUCGCGUCGGCUAGGAGAGGCCGCGACCUGAGGGAGCCCGGCGGCCCGCAUCCCGGCGUAAGUGCUGCCCCGGCCUGUCGGGCCUCAGCUGGAGAAACAGGUGGGACCCUGAUUCCAGCAGGAUGGCCCAAUGGAAUCAGCUACAGCAGCUGGACACGCGGUACCUGGAGCAGCUUCAUCAGCUGUACAGUGACAGCUUCCCGAUGGAGCUGCGGCAGUUUCUGGCCCCUUGGAUUGAGAGUCAAGACUGGGCAUAUGCAGCCAGCAAAGAAUCACACGCCACUUUGGUAUUUCAUAAUCUCUUGGGUGAAAUUGAUCAGCAGUACAGCCGCUUCCUGCAAGAGUCAAAUGUUCUCUAUCAGCACAAUCUGCGAAGAAUCAAGCAGUUCCUUCAGAGCAGGUAUCUGGAGAAGCCCAUGGAGAUCGCUCGGAUCGUGGCCCGGUGCCUGUGGGAAGAGUCCCGCCUCCUCCAGACCGCAGCCACUGCGGCCCAGCAAGGGGGCCAGGGCAACCACCCCUCAGCCUCUGUAGUGACAGAGAAGCAGCAGAUGCUGGAGCAGCACCUACAGGAUGUCCGCAAGCGUGUCCAGGAUCUAGAACAGAAAAUGAAAGUGGUGGAGAAUCUCCAGGAUGAUUUUGAUUUCAACUAUAAAACCCUCAAGAGUCAAGGAGACAUGCAGGAUCUGAAUGGAAACAACCAGUCAGUGACCAGGCAGAAGAUGCAGCAGCUGGAACAGAUGCUCACUGCGCUGGACCAGAUGCGGCGGAGCAUCGUGAGUGAGUUGGCUGGGCUUUUGUCAGCCAUGGAGUAUGUACAGAAAACGCUCACGGACGAUGAGCUGGCGGAUUGGAAGAGGCGGCAGCAGAUAGCUUGCAUCGGAGGCCCUCCCAACAUCUGCCUAGAUCGGCUGGAAAACUGGAUAACCUCAUUAGCAGAAUCUCAACUUCAGACCCGCCAACAAAUUAAGAAGCUGGAGGAGUUGCAGCAAAAAGUUUCCUACAAGGGGGACCCCAUUGUACAGCACCGGCCAAUGCUGGAGGAGAGAAUCGUGGAGCUGUUUAGAAACUUAAUGAAAAGUGCCUUCGUGGUGGAGCGGCAGCCCUGCAUGCCCAUGCAUCCCGACCGGCCGCUGGUCAUCAAGACUGGGGUGCAGUUCACUACGAAAGUCAGAUUGCUGGUCAAAUUCCCUGAGUUAAAUUAUCAGCUUAAAAUUAAAGUGUGCAUCGACAAAGACUCUGGCGACGUGGCAGCUCUCAGAGGAUCCCGGAAAUUUAACAUCCUGGGCACCAACACGAAGGUGAUGAACAUGGAGGAGUCCAACAACGGCAGCCUCUCCGCAGAAUUCAAGCACUUGACCCUGAGAGAGCAAAGAUGUGGUAACGGGGGCCGAGCCAAUUGUGACGCCUCCCUGAUUGUGACGGAGGAGCUUCACCUGAUCACCUUUGAGACUGAGGUGUAUCACCAAGGCCUCAAGAUUGACCUUGAGACCCACUCCUUGCCAGUUGUGGUGAUCUCCAACAUCUGCCAGAUGCCAAAUGCCUGGGCAUCGAUCCUGUGGUAUAACAUGCUGACCAACAACCCCAAGAAUGUCAACUUUUUCACCAAGCCCCCAAUUGGCACCUGGGAUCAAGUAGCUGAGGUGCUGAGCUGGCAGUUCUCCUCCACCACAAAGCGAGGGCUGAGCAUUGAGCAGUUGUCCACGCUGGCUGAGAAACUUCUAGGACCUGGCGUUAACUAUUCUGGGUGUCAGAUCACGUGGGCUAAAUUUUGCAAAGAAAACAUGGCUGGCAAGGGCUUUUCCUUCUGGGUGUGGCUGGACAAUAUCAUAGACCUUGUGAAAAAAUACAUCCUGGCCCUCUGGAAUGAAGGGUAUAUAAUGGGCUUUAUCAGUAAGGAGCGAGAACGGGCCAUCUUGAGCACCAAGCCCCCAGGAACCUUCCUGCUGAGAUUCAGUGAAAGCAGCAAAGAAGGGGGCGUCACCUUCACUUGGGUGGAGAAGGACAUCAGUGGUAAGACUCAGAUCCAGUCCGUGGAGCCAUACACCAAGCAGCAGCUGAACAGCAUGUCAUUCGCGGAAAUCAUCAUGGGCUAUAAGAUCAUGGACGCCACCAAUAUCCUGGUGUCUCCGUUGGUCUACCUCUACCCCGACAUUCCUAAGGAGGAGGCAUUCGGAAAGUACUGUCGGCCAGAGAGCCAGGAGCACCCUGAAGCAGACCCAGGUAGUGCUGCCCCGUACCUGAAGACCAAGUUUAUCUGUGUGACACCAACGACCUGCAGCAAUACCAUUGACCUGCCGAUGUCCCCCCGCACUUUAGAUUCAUUGAUGCAGUUUGGAAAUAAUGGUGAAGGUGCAGAACCCUCAGCAGGAGGGCAGUUCGAGUCCCUCACCUUCGACAUGGAGUUGACCUCGGAGUGUGCCACCUCCCCCAUGUGAGGAGCCAGGACGGAAGCUGCAGGAGGACGGCGGCACCUGCCGGUGCCCACCACCCUCAGCCGGCCACACCCCAGACCAUCUGAAGCGCCUGACUUUGUGGUUCCAGAUUUUUUUUAAUCUCUUACUUCUGCUAUCUUUGAACAAUCUGGGCACUUUUUUAAAUAGAGAAAUGAGUGAAUGUGGGUGAUACGCUUUUAUCUGAUGUGAAUAAGGAUGCGAACUCUGAGACUGUGAUGGGGGAUGUGGAAGCGGCAGCAAGAGGGAGAGAAAGGAAAUGUCCCGCCCCCCAGCCCUCCUUUCUCAGCGGCUUUCUGUUAGACAAGUGCCUCGUGCCAGCCACGCCCCUCGCCUUCGGUAAGCGAAUGCCACAGGCUGCCUCUAGCUGCAUUCUCCUGGCAUUGCACUUUCAACCUCGCUAAUGUCCAAAUAGAAGGUAGAACUUUCACAGCCCUUAGGUUUCUUUUAAAUUAAAAAAAAAAAAAAAAAUUAAGGGCUAAAAACACUGUAUCGGCCUAGCCUUUUCUGUAUUUAAGAAAACUCAGUUAACAGCCUCCUUGGUGCUUUAGGCAUUCAGCUUUCUUCAGGCUCAUCAUUUAUGUAAAGCCUGAAAUGGGCUUCAGAUCCAGCCCUUACAGACAUCUGAGGUUUGGCCUUUGGUUUAAAAAUAGGAAGGCUUAAGGAGAACCUAAACAUUCUAGACUUUUUUAAGAAGCAGAGCUAUUUCCCCUUGAAUGCUGCGGGCCUGUGAGUAGGUAAGGCUGGUGGGGGUGGCGUCUUGCAGCCACACUCCCUUCCCCCGGACCUUAGCUCCUGUUUCAGAGCCUGGGUUGUUAACUGGGUGCCUUAAAAGGGACGGGAUGAUCCUUCCUUUCCCCCAGCCCACCUGCCGUCCCCACCCCUAACCCCCAAUGGCAUGUUUCCUUUAGUGUCUAAAGGCCCUUUGUCCUGUUUGCUUUAGGAAUUCAGGUCUCAAGACCUCCUGGAGUAAGGGGGAGAGUUACAGGUGGAACCUGACCCAGACUAUGGAGCCCCAGCUGAGAGUCUAGUUGAGCUCAGGGAAUAUGGUUCUUACCCCAGUGUCUUGGUGACUUCCCCUGGCACCUGUAACCACCUCUUCACUUGGUUAGCCCAGGAGCAAAGGCUCUCUGGUAAACUCAAGGUCUGUCCCUCCUGUGAGUCGCUGGCCUCUCCCCUAAGCCGGGGACUGCUUCCCAUCGGGGCCCCAGGAUGAAGCAGAACAGCCGGCCUUUACUGUGUUCUGGAAUGCUUAGCCACGGGCAGGGUGGUCGCUGAUGCUGGGACCUGCUCAGACAGGCACACCUAGGUGCAGCACCACCUUGCUCUCUCCAUCAGACUUGAAGGUGGAGUGAUUUCUUACCCCCAGUAUAGUGAGUUUGAGUGAAGGGGUGAGGACCUUCUCUCCAAGACUAGCAAGGCCGUCCUGCCUCCUUUGCGGGUGGCUGAUGUCCAGGGCUCCCUUCCCCAGAGACACGCUCCUGUUCACUAUAAGCUUAACAUAAACUGAGCGAAGGUUAGUUAGGUUGUAAGGGCCUGGGACGAGGAUCCGGGCUUCUCUGGAGCCGAUACUGAGAAGUUCCAGACUUUUAGGUAGCAUGUGUAACUGAUUUUAACUGAUUGUAGCAAAGGUUCUGAGAGCAGCUGAGACUUGUUCUGGCCCCUCCCUUAAAGAACAGAGUUCUCCAGGACCUGCCCAAAGCUUUCUUCCCACUGUCUCCCCUCCCCUGCCCAGCCAAGGGG